AUGAUCUUGGACAUUGAUGCCGUUUUUGCCAGGAAAGAUCUUCUGAUAGGCAUCUCCUUAUCUAUUGGCGGCAAUAUUCUCAUUUCCGUCGCACUAAAUGUUCAAAAGUUGGCACAUAACCGUAUAUCGCAGCAGCAAUACAGGACGCGCUUAGCAAGUGUAGAAGCCGGUAGUCGAGCGGCUGCUUCUAAAUAUGAUGGCUUUACAAAUUCACCGAAUGCGGAAAACAAGGAACUGGAGGUUCCGCAGUAUCUUCGGUCAAAGAUAUGGUGGUUCGGUUUUAGUCUCAUGGCGAUCGGUGAACUAGGCAAUUUUAUAGCGUAUGGUUUUGCGCCCGCUUCGACCAUUGCUCCCCUGGGUACGACCACCCUGAUCAGUAAUGCCAUUUUGGCGCCCAUUUUACUAUACGAACCGUUUCGUGGUAGAGAUGUUCUGGGGAUCAUGUUUGCUGUCAUGGGAGCCGCCGGCGUGAUAUUCAGUUCGAGAAAUAAGGACAUACCGCUGUCACCUGAACUUGUCGUUGAAGCUUUGACACAAGCAUCCUCUGUCAUUUUUUAUUGUAUUACCUGCAUCCUCAUUUGUUUGCUGUCUGUUCGAUCAUCCAGAAAGGCCGAUAGAAACAUUUUUGUUGAUCUUGGGCUGGUGGCGGUCUACGGCGCCUAUACCGUACUAGCCACCAAAGCUCUCUCUUCAAUGCUUAAUCUAACGCUGUAUAAACUCUUCAUGUAUCCCGUAUCUUAUAUCCUGAUCACUGUCGUUCUAGUGACAGCACUGAUGCAAAUCAAGUUUCUCAAUAGAGCCCUCCAGCAUUUCGAUUCCACGAGUGUGGUUCCAACUCAAUUCGUCCUCUUUACACUGUCAGCGAUUGUAGGUAGCGCAAUUAUCUAUCAUGAUUUUGACGGCUACGAUUUGAAUGAACUACUCAGAUUCAUGAUUUCAUGCAUUUUGGAAUUUUACGGUGUUUAUUUGGUUACUACCAAGCGGCAACAGCACCAUCCUACCCAACAAGAACAAAUUCCCGAUUGGUUUUCUUCUCAAGAAGCCAAUGAUUCCAAACAGAACAACCUUGACCAAAGUACCGAGAACCAUUUCGAUGAGGCCAGUUCAUUGCUGGCGCCAGUGACAAUACGUGCGGCUCCUAUGGGUCUUUCUCGACAUUCAAGCCAUUCAGUAAUGCAAGGCAACGAACGUCCAUUGUCCCGACGACGUAGUUCGCUUUUCUAUGGCAUUUCACUUCACUCGCAGCUGGCCAGCAUGACGGAAAAUGAAGGCGCGAACAAUUCUUUUCCUUUGUAG